AUGUCGACUCAUGUCAAGAAUCACGCCACUGGUAGCAAGCAACAGGGCCAUGGGUAUCGCUCUCUAGACUUAGAGGAGUUGUGGGGUUUUGGUAACCUGAGCUGGACUCAGUUUCAGGAGCGUCGAGAGAAGUUGAGCGCCAAACACAGCAAGAAACAUUCCCGCCGUUAUCCCUCUCCCGCCUUAUGGUCAAGCCCAGCAAAGUCCGGCUGCGAGGACCCUCAGUCCUCUGACCUCUCUCAGCACACUACACACCAGUCGCCAGUUAACUCUCAAGCUCAGUCAUUCUUUUCCUUUGUGCCAGAAGUGUGGCGCGAACAUUGGCGCACAAAUCCGCCCAAGACCCCACCACCGGAUUGGACGAACUCUGUGGAGAAAGGGAGGGAAAUCUUUGUGAACAUUGGACCAAUUCCAGGUGAUGUUCCUGAGCCUGAGCAUCAUGCCGAUUCCCCUCCACCUUUGAUGGAUCCAGAGCUUGCGAACGAAAACAAAGUGCCAGUGUUGAACGCUCCACCUCCCUAUGUCGAUACUGGGUUUGAGCUCCCUCCCAACAAGCGACGCGCCCUUGAACACCCAGCUACUGGACGACCAACUCCCAUUCCUAUCAACACCGAAUCUACAUCAUUUGUUUUGAAGCCUGCGGAGAAUCACGCGCAAAUGCGUCUCCAAUUCCUGGAGCUAGAGAUCAAGACUCUUAGGGGGAUGGCUGGUGUGUUGGAGGAGCAUGCAGACUCGCUUCGAGGUCUCAUUAAAUACAACUAG